GAAAACUUAAUUCAGUUUGAUCUGCUGCCCAGUGCUAAACACUUGAAAUGACUACCUCCGCUGACAGUGUGUUCGUAACCCGAUCGGAAGGUAUCUCGGCCGAAGGAGUGCGCGACCAGUAUGCUGAUGGCAAGGCAGCCAAGGUCUGGGAGAUCUUCAUCGGUGAUAAGAACUCGCGCACCGACAACUACAAGAACUUCUUGGUGGAUCUGCUGCGCCAGAAGGGCUGCAAACGCAUUCUCGAUGUCGCCUGCGGCACUGGAGUGGACUCCAUAAUGCUGCUGGAAGAGGGCUUCGAUGUGAUGUCCGUUGAUGCCUCGGACAAGAUGCUGAAAUACGCGCUCAAGGAGCGCUGGAAUCGCCGCAAUGAGGCCGCCUUCGACAAAUGGGUUAUUGAGGAGGCCAACUGGCUGACUCUGUACGACGAUAUCCAGGAGCAUCUGGGCGUCGGGUUCGAUGCGGUCAUUUGUCUGGGCAACUCGUUCGCCCAUUUGAUGGACAGUUUCGGGGAUCAGCGCGAGCACAAGCAGGCGAUCAAGAACUUUGAGAAGUGCCUGAAGCCAGGCGGCAUCCUGCUGAUCGAUCAUCGCAACUAUGACAACAUCCUGGAGACAGGCGCCACGCCCGCCAAAAGCAUUUACUAUAACACAAGCCACACGGCUGACAUCAAAACAUCCGUUCUAUUCUACUGCGGGAAACCCGCUCUGGUCUCCAUGGACUACCAGAUCGAGGGCAACAAGCUGUCCAGCGAAUUCCGGCUCUCGUACUAUCCACAUGAGCUGAAGCGCUUCACGGAGAUCCUUGCCGAAAUCUUCGGCAGCCAGGCCAAGCACAAGCUGUACGGCGACUUCAAGGACAUGAAUGUAGUGCAGAAUCCUGCAUUCUAUAUUCAUGUGAUCGAGAAGCCUAGAGUUUAAGUUCAAUCUUCAAUCACGUGCACACACACACAAACACAAAUACAAUAUUAGUUCUAUUUAGAGGAAGAUUCA